AGGCAUUUCUGGCAGGGAGGGCAGCGGCGCGGCGAGGUAUCUGCCCCUCAUGCGUCUGCGCGUGCGGAUGUCUACCACCAAGCUGAUUGGUUGAAAAUGACAUCACCACUCGAGGUUUAUUGUUGGUAAGGAUGAGCUCAUCGUUUAGAAUCAGUUUCUGUGGGAGAAGAGGGAGAACGCAGGACGUGGACUCACAGAAUCUGCAGCUCUGCAACACAGACCUGCUUUCAGGUUCCUGGCGAGGAUUUUACAGACAAAAACACAAUAUGGUUUGGUCCAGGGAUGGAGAGACUGAGAAUCCUCCUCUGUCCAUCAUUCUACCAAGACUCUACCUUGGAGCGGAGAGCGACGUGACUCAGGACCGACUGGCCUCUUUGGGUAUUUCCUAUGUUCUGAGCGUGAGCCGCUGCAGCCCCCGGCCCUCCUUCCUUCCCUGCUCCAGACACCUCCGCAUUCCCAUCGAUGACUCCCUGCGGGACGACCUGCUGCCCUGGAUCCCUCAGGCUCUACGCUUCAUCGAUGCAGCGAUGUCUUCUGGCGCCUCCGUGCUGGUUCACUGUGCAGCUGGAAUCUCUCGGUCUCCGGCUCUGGCUGUCGCCUACAUCAUGUAUAGCUUGGGAAUGGAUCUGGACCAGGCUUACAGGUUUGUGAAAGAACGCCGACCCUCCAUUUCCCCAAACUUCAAUUUCCUGGGUCAGCUGCAACACUUCCAGGGCACCUUGCGUCAAAAGGCCGCUGGUGGUGACUUCCUGGACAAUGACCUUCCAUCCAUCAACCACAAUAACAACCACGCUCCCACAAUGAUCCGUCAGUCCGGUGUCAUCAGUAGCUCAGAGAAUUCCUGCCAACAGAGACGUUCAAAUCCAGACGCAAACGGCAACCAGCUGCUGUCCUUGUCAGGGACACUUUGGACUUUCAACCAGCAGGAAGUCCAGACUCCCUUCCGGGUGGCCAGUCCAAGACCUUGUGUGGCAACGAAACCAACACAACUACAACUCCCAGCGGUCUCUGCUUCCCUUUCGGAAAGACGCAAAACCCUCAGCCUCUCUUUGACCCCCUUGGGAGUCUGUCCCGCCACGACGGCACACCACAGCAACCAAGCUGAGAACACCAAUGUGUCCAAAAGCGUCCACAAGAGGGAGCCUGGGGCAAAGACGCAGAGGAACAGCGGGUCCUUGAAGCAAGCAGAGGAGUCAAGACGAAGCAAGAGUCCACACACGUCAGAGGCGAAGGAUCAAGGCCUGUUGUCGCCUCUCGGUUGCACCCUCAACAAGCUGCUGGACUGGGGGGAGAGGAUGCUUCUGGGGGGGGUGUUUGCCCACCCAGUCAAGAUGGGACAGCCUGCUUUGCCAUAUAGGUGCUGAGUGGAAUCAUGAUUGUGUUUGUGCAUGUCAUGUCCAUACAAGUCAUCAUUAUUUAUCGCUGACUGGGAUGAUUUUCACCCUGUUUAUAUUGUCAUUGGAAAGAAGGCGUUAAUUUAAAAUGAUUUUGUCACUUUGACUUGAAUUGUACAGUGUUUGCUGACUAUUAAACCUUUCAUUUCAACCUCAUCUGCCAUGGCCCUCAUUGUACAGUGUGUGCAUGUCAGUGCAAUAAACUGCACAAAAUAAUACUGCAAAUUUGGGUAUUGAUCCGAGACCAAGGUGAUAUUGUGUUAAAGUGGCUCAACCAACCCAGGCUUUGUGCUCAAGAUGCAACUCAACAAAAACUAAAUUCUCCAAACAAAAUCGAACGGUGCUUUGGUGGUGGUUAUCAACUUACUUUGUCAAGUCCGGUUUUCGGCAUUGUGCUAAGUGCGCGUUGGCGUGAAAGGGAGCGUUUGACGUCAUAUUUUUAUACUUCCGCUCAAAAAUGUAGUCAUCCCGGCUGGUGUAGUUUACAAAAAAUUAGUAAGUAAUUAUUAUGGAGCGUUAUGAGGAGCUCUCAAAAGAUUAUGACUGCUAAAAACAACACUGUCGCCGCCAAUAGGGCGAGGGAGGACCGCUGGCAUGCCAGCAUGCAGCGUGUUAACGCGCAAGUUAACACUGAUUAUUAUACUAGCUAUACGUUUAGCUAGUACCCUACUAGUCUAGUUAGUACCCUACUAGUCUUUUCAUUUGUCAACGCUCAACAUUGCACAACGUUGACAUAUUAACACGUAUCCAUUUAAAAAAAUAACUAAAUUGUAGCAACAACUUUAGUUUUUCAUGUAAUAUUUGAACCUGCUGUAUCUGGUUGUGACCACUUGAUGGCAGUGUUUGG